AUGCCCACUGCCCCAUACCCACUGCCCCAUACCCACUGCCCCAUACCCACUGCCCCAUACCCACUGCCCCAUGCCCACUGCCCCAUGCUCACUGCCCCAUGCCCACUGCCCCAUGCCCACUGCCCCAUGCCCACUGCCCCAUACCCAAAGCCCCAUGCCCACUGCCCCAUACCCACUGCCCCAUACCCACUGCCCCAUACCCACUGCCCCAUGCCCACUGCCCCAUACCCACUGCCCCAUGCCCACUGCCCACUGCCCCAUGCCCAAAGCCCCAUGCCCACUGCCCCGUGCCCACUGCCCCAUACCCACUGCCUCAUACCCACUGCCCCAUACCCACUGCCCCAUGCCCACUGCCCCAUGCCCACUGCCCCAUACCCACUGCCCCAUACCCAAAGCCCCAUGCCCACUGCCCCAUACCCACUGCCCCAUACCCACUGCCCCAUACCCACUGCCCCAUGCCCACUGCCCCAUGCCCACUGCCCCAUACCCACUGCCCCAUACCCAAAGCCCCAUGCCCACUGCCCCAUACCCAAAGCCCCAUACCCAAAGCCCCAUGCCCACUGCCCCAUACCCAAAGCCCCAUACCCAAAGCCCCAUGCCCACUGCCCCAUACCCACUGCCCCAUGCCCACUGCCCCAUGCCCAAAGCCCCAUACCCAUAGCCCCAUGCCCACUGCCCCAUACCCAAAGUCCCAUGCCCACUGCCCCAUACCCAAAGCCCCAUGACCACUGCCCCAUACCCAAUGCCCCAUACCCAAAGCCCCAUACCCAAAGCCCCAUACCCACUGCCCCCUACCCAAAGCCCCAUACCCAAAGCCCCAUACCCAAAGCCCCAUACCCACUGCCCCAUGCCCACUGCCCCAUGCCCACUACCCCAUGCCCACUGCCCCAUGCCCACUGCCCCAUGCCCACUGUCCCAUGCCCACUGUCCCAUGCCCACUGCCCCAUGCCCACUGUCCCAUGCCCACUGCCCCAUGCCCACUGUCCCAUGCCCACUGCCCCAUGCCCACUGUCCCAUGCCCACUGCCCCAUGCCCACGACCCACUGCCUGCCUGCCUGGCUGACUGCGUCAAAAACACACUGUUCCUAUUGUACUUGGCUUGGUUAA